UGCCUCCUCCACUGCCAUCACGACUAAAGAACAAGAAAUUGUUAAAAUCCCCUAAAAAGAGAUACCUUCAAGAAUCUAAUAAUAAUUCUAAUCAUGAGGAAUUGGAACAAGAUGGCGAUAAAAGUGUAAAUGGUACAGGCCUAAAAAUGACCA